CGACCCCCCAAACGCGGGGAAGGUCCGAGACCAGACUACCAGAGGGGGAGAAGAGAAGACAACACGCGACGCCGAAUCGAAUCGGGGAAAAAAAAGCGGAGGCGCCUGCUAAGAACGGCGGAUCGGCUAGCGUACGCAUCACCAGGGCGUUGCCUUCCCCCGCCUCGCUUUCCAAUUUGUUUUGUGUGUCGUUGGCGAAAUCUCGCUCUCCAUGUGGGGAGGCUUUGACUUGAUCAAACCAAGAACACGCCUUUGAGCCGCAUAAUGCUCCAAUACUCUACCGGUUUCUAAGUCCCGUCGCCGUUUACUUCCAUCAUUUGGUUUCAUAUUCCAGCAACUCGCGUGCGUGUGCCUCUUCUUACCUGUUCUUGCUCUCGUCUCGCUACGUGUAAAUCUGAUCUGCUUGUGUCUCAAGAUCGUUGGGGCUGCGUGAGUUGAAGUCGGAGUUGGCAAUGGCCAGGGAAGAAGCGAGUAUUUGAUCUGACUUCCAGAGAGUUAUUGCUGCUUUGGUGUUGGGAUUGGGCAGAUUGGAGAGAGCGGUUGGUAUCUUGGCUGAUUUCUUGGGGGUAGCUACUGUUUUCUCGGAUUGAAAAGGAAUGAUCUUUUGAUCGAUUUCUGCUCAUAUCUUGGUGAUUCUUUUUCUUGUCAACUUGGGGAUUUGUCUGAAGUGGAGUUCUUUGGUUAGGUGUGGGUUGAGACCUGAGAAGAGAUGAGGCUGUCUGUUCGUGUGAUCGAAGCCCGCAACCUGCGGGCCAUGGAUUCCAACGGGUUCAGUGAUCCUUAUGUGAAGCUGCAGCUCGGGAAGCAGCGGUUCAAGACCAAAGUGGUCAAGAUGAACCUGAACCCGACUUGGGAUCAGGAGUUCACUUUCCUCGUCGGCGAUGUUAGGGAUGUGCUCAAGUUCUAUGUCUAUGACGAGGACAUGCUCGGGAUGGAUGACUUCCUUGGGCAGAUGAGGGUGUCAUUAGAGGAUGUACUGGCUGCCGAGAACUUCUCGCUUGGUACCCGGUGGUACCAGCUUCUUCCGAAGGGAAAAACUGACAAGGUGGUCGAUUGUGGAAAGAUUUGUGUCUCAAUAUCUUUAGAAACAGCUGGAGCCACACGAUCAUGGUCUGAUGAUUUUGCAGCUGAAUUAACUGAUAUACAGAGAGACUAUUCAUUGUCAAGUCAAAGCACAGAAGUAUCUGUCACAUUAGCUUAUCAAGAAAGUGAAAUUUCUAAAGAAGAUAAUAUCAGUGGGGAUUAUGAUGGAGCUGAAGUCCCUGCAGAAGAUAAAUGUAGAGAACGUGCUGACAGAAAUCUAGCUGCUUCAGAGGCCAAAUCUAAUGGGAUUCAUAAUGCACCUUUGAAUGGAGCUGAGACUUCUGAAACAGAUAAGCCUGAUAAGCCAUCAUUUGUUGAUCGUGUCUGUCAAAUAUUUGCUAGAAAAAAUGUUGAUGCGGUGCCAACAUCCUCCGUGAAUACUAAGGCUUCAGAAGAAGUUCAAGAAGAAACAACAGUAUAUGAGGAUCCUGUAAGCCAAAAUAAUUGUGUGUCUCCAGAGACACCAUUUGAUGAACUACUGAAUUUUUUUGAAUCGAGGCAUGAAGGAGCUGAGAUGCCUGUAAAUUUACAAGGCAUUCUUAUCAAUCAGUCAUAUCUUGCCUCACCUAGUGAUCUGAAUAACCUUCUCUUCUCACCAGACUCAAAUUUUCGACAAACAGUGAUCGAGCUUCAGAGUUGUACUGAUUUCAAAACUGAACCCUGGAGAGUCGAUAAUGAUGGGGAGUCCUUGAAGAGAGUGAUAACUUAUACAACUGCACCUUCGAAAUUGGUUAAAGCCGUUCGAGCAACAGAGGAACAAUCUUAUUUGAAGGCUGAUGGAAAAGAGUAUUCAGUUUUAUUAAGUGUUAGCACUCCUGAUGUUCCUUGCGGUACUUAUUUUCGGACAGAAAUUCUUUUUCGUAUUAUGCCAGGCCCUGAACUUGACUCUGAACAGCAGACAUCACACUUGGUAAUUUCUUGGCGCAUGAAUUUUCUUCAAAGUACUAUGAUGAAAGGUAUGAUAGAAAAUGGAGCAAGACAAGGCUUGGAGCAAAAUUAUGCACAGUUUUUGGAUUUACUAUCACAGAAGGUCAAGCCUAUUGAUGUAGAAGAUGCUGGGUCUGAUAAGGAACAGGUCUUAGCUUCGUUGCAAGGGGGGCAGGAAUCUGAUUGGAGGAUAGCAUUUGUAUACUUCUUCAACUUUGGUGUCUUAUCCUCUAUUUUUGUGGUUCUCUAUACUACUCUGCAUGUUUUACGAGUGAAUUCAAGUGUAGUUCAAGGGUUUGAGUUUCCAGGAUUAGAUCUUCCAGAUUCUCUCAGUGAAAUUAUAAUGGGUGGCCUGUUAUUUCUUCAAGUACAGCACAUUUUUAAGAAAAUUACGUGCUUUGUUCAGGCAAGGGACCAAAAAGUUGGUGACCAUGGUGUGAAAGCACAAGGUGAUGGAUGGUUGUUAACGGCUGCUUUAAUCGAGGGAACCAAAUUGGCUCCAGUCGAUGCUACUGGGUUCUCUGAUCCUUAUGUGGUAUUUACUUGCAAUGGUAAAACAAAAACAAGUUCAAUCAAGUUCCAAACACUGGAACCUCAGUGGAACGAAAUCUUUGAAUUUGAUGCCAUGGAGGAUCCUCCAUCGGUGAUGAACGUACAUGUAUAUGAUUUUGAUGGACCUUUUGACGAAGUUACCUCCCUUGGACAUGCUGAAAUUAACUUUGUAAAAUCAAACUUGUCAGAGUUAGCUGAUGUAUGGAUUCCUCUCCAAGGUAACUUGGCUCAGUCUUGGCAGUCAAAGUUGCACCUAAGAAUUUUUUUGAACAACUCAAAGGGAACUGGUAUGGUCACUGAAUAUCUGAGCAAAAUGGAGAAGGAGGUUGGUAAGAAGAUGACGUUGAGGUCUCCUCGGACAAAUACAGCAUUCCAGGAGCUCUUCUCUCUGCCAGCAGAAGAAUUUCUCAUCAGCAGUUUUACCUGCUACUUGAAGCGGAAAUUGCCUACACAGGGCCAUCUUUUCUUAUCACUGAGAACAAUUGGCUUUUAUUCAAGCAUGUUUGGGCGGAAAACAAAAUUUUUCUUUCUAUGGGAGGAUAUUGAAGACAUACAAGCAAUACCUCAAUCACUAUCAUCAUGGAAUCCAUCCAUUAUAAUAACUCUUCACAGAGGUCGAGGCAUGGAUGCAAAGCAUGGUGCAAAGAGCAUGGAUAAUGGAAAGCUUAAAUUUCACCUGCAGUCUUUUGCAUCAUUUAGUGUGGCUAAUAGGACAAUAAUGGCAUUAUGGAAAGCAAGAUCUUUGAGCACAGAGCUUAAAGUACAGCUUGCUGAAGAGCAGUCCCAAGCUAACACCCUUCAGAGUGAGGACAGUGGAAUAUUUGUCGGUGUUGAGGAUGCCAAGAGCCUUCAGACGACUGAGGUUUUCUCCUCAACCAUUUCUACCAAUAUGAUCUCGCUUAUGGAGGUGUUUGAAGGAGGUUCAUUGGAAAUGAAAGUAAUGGAGAAAGUUGGAUGCCUCAAAUACUCGGUUACACAGUGGGAAUCAGAUAAACCGCAUGAGUAUCAAAGACAGAUUCAUUACAAGUUUAGCAAGAAGUUGUCUCCUGUUGGAGGAGAAGUAACAGGAACUCAGCUAAAAUCUCCUAUGCUCAACAAGAAAGGGUGGAUUAUUGAAGAGGUGAUGGAACUCCAAGGCGUCCUUCUUGGAGAUUUCUUUACGCUUCAUAUAAAGUACCAAAUCGAGGACCUUGCUCCUAAGCAAAGGGCAUGCAAUGUUCAAGUCUCCCUUGGAAUCGAAUGGUCGAAGAGCACCAGGCAUCAGAAACGAAUCGAAAAGAAUGUUCUUUCCAGUUCAUCUGCUCGCCUAAAGGAGAUGUUUAACCUAGCAUCAAGGGAGGUCUCACAUGCCAGAUAGGAGUAUUGAUCUCACAUCAUCCCUGUGCAUAAUACUGAGUGAUUGAACAUUUCCUAACAUCGGUAUGACCCGCCCUGUGCAUACAUUGCUUGACUGAGAUACACACGGACAGCAAGUCAACAACUGAUUUUGAAUCAUAUGAGGGUGCUGAAUUAUCUGUUUGUUGUAGCUGAUCAAGUGUAGGCUGUAUAGCUGAAAAUUUACAGAGAUUGCAGCAUAUAGAUACCACCACACAAGUGCUAAAAGCACGAGGUCAUGAAUUCCUCAAUAGGAUAGCUCCAUAGCUGUAUGUUGUGGUUUCUAAUUCUUUAUGCUGUAUCGACUUAGCUGGAUUCAUUGGUCACAUGUUGAACUGUACAAAACUAGAAAUAAUUGAUCCAAUAAUGUUCUGAAGUUUACAGACUGGGAAA